GUUGUAAUCAAAGUACCUUUUAAACACGCAUCAAUGCUGCGGUUUUGCCACCGGAUGCUUUCCGCUCGCAGGAAACAAUUAAGUAGAAAUAUCUUGAAUUUGAUAACACCUAUCCUUAAACAAAACGUUUAUUAAUUAACAAUUUUUUCUUUACUUGCAAAAAACGGCUAGUGGAGUGAAGGUGAUUUUUCUAAGAUCUAAUAUUUAAACAACAACCCAUCCAAGAUGUCUUUGGAAACGGAAAUGUUUUACAUGUACCCCAAGGAGAACUCAAAACUUCACAAAACUGAUCAGUAUGAAUUGGUUGACGAGGAAGACGUUCCUGUACUUCGUAGAGGACAAAAGUUUACUGUAGCGUUAAAGUUUAACAGAGAUUAUGAUCCUAAGUCCGAUAUGAUUAGAAUCUCGUUUAACUUUGGUCCACGUCCUCAUCCGAUUAAGGGUACUGCUGGUAUAUUUGUGGUUGAUCCUGCUAAAAGAUCAAAUAUUGAUCCAGAAAAACCUAUGUGGUUUGGAAACGUGUUGGAAGCGAGAGGCCAAAGUCUAACAAUGGAGAUCUACUCUCCUCCUAGUAUUCCAGUAGGUCUUUGGGCUGUAAAAGUUGAAACACGAGUACGAAACAGUGCUGAAGAACCUAUGGUCUUCGAUUAUCCAGGAGAUCUCUACUUCAUUUGCAAUCCUUGGAAUUGCCACGAUAUGGUUUACAUGCCCGAAACCAGAUUGUUAGAAGAAUACGUAUUGAAUGACACUGGCAAGAUCUGGGUUGGUCCACUAGGAACUACGAAAGGAAGAGAAUGGAUUUUCGGUCAAUUUGAUGGUUGCACUCUUCCAGCCAUUCAACUUAUGUUUGAGAAAUCUGGACUUCCUUGGGCCAGUCGUGGUGAUCCAAUAAAGCUGACGAGAAUCAUCUCCAAAAUGGUUAAUAGCAACGACGACGAUGGUAUUUUGGUAGGACGAUGGGAUGGACAGUACGAGGAUGGUACUGCCCCUUCUGCUUGGACAGGAUCUGUACCAAUUCUCCAACAGUAUUUAGAUUCCGAACAACCAGUGAGCUAUGGUCAAUGUUGGGUUUUCUCAGGAGUAUGCACUACAAUUGCUCGUGCCCUUGGUAUUCCAUCAAGAGUCGUUUCCAACUUAGUUUCUGCCCACGACGCUAAUUCUACGUUGACAGUGGAUAAAUACUUCAACGAACACAACGAGGAAUUGCCUUUUGAUCCUAAUAACCCCGAAGGAGAGGAUUCCAUUUGGAACUACCAUGUUUGGAACGAUGUCUAUAUGGCACGUCCAGAUCUUCCUCCAGGCUAUGGUGGUUGGCAAGCCAUUGACGCCACUCCUCAAGAACCAUCAAGUGGCUUUUACCAGUGCGGACCAGCAUCUUUGGAGGCUAUCAAAAAGGGACAAGUCGGUUUCAACUAUGACGUUGGCUUCAUGGUUGCUUCCGUCAAUGCAGAUCUGAUGCGUUGGAAAGUAGAUCAUUCCAAUGUAUUAGGAUACAAGAGGAUUUAUUGUAACAAAUAUCACGUUGGUCGCUAUAUUCUCACCAAACAACCAUUCAUGUAUGAUUACAAUGGAGACAGAGAUCGUCAAGAUAUAACUCGUUUAUACAAACCGGAGGAGGGAUCAAAAGCAGAACGUUUAUCUCUGCUUAACGCUGUCCGAGGAACUGAAGCAGCCAAGAGGUUCUUUGAUAUGCCUGAUGAGGAAACUGAAGAUUGUGAAUUUACGUUACAAGAUUUGGAUCAAAUUAAAAUUGGAGAAAAUUUCAGCGUUGUGGUGAAAAUCAAAAACAACAGUAAUAGCCAACGUCACAUCAAAGUCCACCUUUCUGCUGGUACAGUAUAUUACAACGGUCUUAAAGCUCAUCCGAUCAGCAAAGAUGAAGGAGAAUUUAAUCUUAAACCUCAUUCCACUGAAGAAUUAAGGCUUAACGUUACAGCUAAUGAAUAUCUGGAUAAAUUGGUGGAAUACUGCAUCAUGAAGAUUUACGCCAUUGCUUCGGUUUCAGAGACAAACCAAACUUGGGCUGAUGAAGAUGAUUUCCAAGUUGUUAGACCAAAUAUUGACAUUAAGGUACCUCAUACUAUUGUCAACAAACAACCGACAACAAUAGGUCUGAAAUUCGUCAAUCCAUUGAAGAAAGCUCUGACCAACGGUAAAUUCCACAUUUCCGGAGCAUCGCUUCUUAAAAACCAAGUCAUUGGUGUCCCUGAUGUUAAACCUGGUACCGUGAUCAGAAUCGAAACCAGCAUCGUUCCAAAAUACGAAGGAGAACAGAAAUUGGUUGCCACUUUCACUUCAAGAGAAUUGCUUGACAUCACCGGAACAGCUAAAGUGCAAGUCGUGUCUGAAGAAGAGUAAAACAAGGUCUUAGAUUAUAUUCAUGAUACAAUAAGUACUUAUUUGGGUUUUCGGUAUGAGAGCGCUCUAGAAUUCUGAGUUAGCAGAAUAAAAAAAAUAUUGAGUAUGAAUAUUUUAAAUGUAUUUAAAAAUUAUCUUUGAAUUGCAGUUUUUUUCAUUUUCAUGUUUAAAUUAUUUCAACAGCUUUUAAUAUAAAAUAAAAAAAGUGGUAAAAACUGUUGGAAAUUUUUAAGUAAUAAUUUUUAAAUCAAAAGUAGAUUAUAUGUUACUAUUUUUAAUACAAACGUAUUAUUCAGUAUUAUUUUUAACUUUUAUAAUAGUUGUGUCAGUAUUUCUAAAGAUUUAAUUAUUCCAAGAUAUACCUGUUUAGUGAUUGAAACUGUACGAUAUAAUUACAGAGUUCUUGAGCACUUCUUCAGAACAACAUAAAACAAAUCCAAAUAUAGCUACAAUAUGCUGCUAAAUUAUUAUUACAGCAUUAUUAUUAACGUUGACAAGAAAUUUAUUUUUAUACCGUAAUCAAUUUAGAACUUUUUUAAAAACGCUACAUCAAAACUAUCUAUACUUUUAUAGCUUAAUAAAUUUAAGAUUGCUUUAAUAAAAACUUUUAUAAAGUAUAUAAUAUAACAUAUGACUUAU